GAGAUGGCGGCGGGGCCAUCACGCAGCACUUUUGGGACGGCGCCGCCCCGCCCGCAGAUUCGCCACGGCCGGCCGCGCUGCGGGGGGCGGCUCUGAGGGAGGGCAAGGGGGCGCGGGGACCCCGGACGGAGCCCGAAGGGCCGCCGCCGAUUUUCGCCUCGCUGUUUGCGGUGGGAGCGCGGAGUCUGCCGCGAGGAACCGGCCGUGAGGAAUCUGCGGCGAGGAAUCACAGCCCGCUGAGGGGAAGAUGGCGUCGGUGUGGGACGAGUCCGAGGAUGGCGUCGGCGAGGAGGUGCUGAAGAUGUCCACGGAGGAGAUCGUGCAGCGCACCCGCCUGCUCGACAGCGAGAUAAAGAUCAUGAAGAGUGAAGUGCUCAGAGUGACCCAUGAGCUUCAGGCCAUGAAAGAUAAGAUCAAAGAGAACAGUGAGAAGAUCAAAGUGAACAAAACCCUGCCGUACCUUGUCUCUAAUGUUAUUGAGCUACUGGAUGUUGACCCCAACGACCAGGAGGAGGACGGAGCAAACAUUGACCUGGACUCCCAGAGAAAGGGCAAGUGUGCUGUCAUCAAGACCUCUACGCGCCAGACAUAUUUCCUGCCUGUUAUUGGCUUGGUCGAUGCUGAGAAGUUGAAGCCUGGAGACCUAGUGGGUGUGAACAAGGACUCGUACUUGAUCUUGGAGACUCUACCCACUGAGUAUGAUUCCCGGGUAAAAGCCAUGGAGGUGGAUGAGAGGCCCACAGAGCAGUACAGUGACAUCGGGGGACUUGAUAAACAAAUCCAAGAGCUUGUGGAGGCCAUUGUCCUGCCAAUGAAUCAUAAGGAGAAAUUUGAAAACUUGGGUAUCCAGCCUCCCAAAGGUGUCCUUAUGUACGGGCCUCCAGGAACCGGGAAGACACUUUUAGCUCGAGCGUGUGCUGCCCAGACCAAGGCUACGUUCCUGAAACUUGCUGGUCCGCAGCUUGUGCAGAUGUUCAUUGGUGACGGAGCUAAGCUGGUACGAGAUGCUUUUGCUCUAGCCAAGGAAAAGGCUCCUUCCAUCAUCUUUAUUGACGAACUGGAUGCCAUUGGAACUAAAAGGUUUGACAGUGAGAAGGCUGGUGAUAGGGAGGUACAGAGGACCAUGCUGGAGCUGCUCAAUCAACUUGAUGGUUUCCAGCCUAACACACAAGUCAAGGUGAUUGCUGCAACCAACCGAGUUGAUAUCUUGGACCCAGCUUUGCUCCGCUCUGGACGAUUAGAUCGCAAGAUAGAGUUCCCGAUGCCUAAUGAGGAGGCCAGAGCCAGAAUUAUGCAGAUCCAUUCACGCAAAAUGAACGUCAGCCCUGACGUGAACUAUGAGGAACUGGCACGCUGCACAGACGAUUUCAAUGGAGCCCAGUGCAAGGCUGUGUGCGUUGAAGCGGGGAUGAUUGCCCUCCGCCGUGGAGCUACAGAGCUCACCCACGAGGACUACAUGGAAGGAAUUCUAGAGGUUCAAGCAAAGAAAAAAGCCAAUCUGCAGUACUAUGCCUGAUCUCUGCCCAGUCAAGGUUGUGGCCUUGGCAGAGCACAGGACUAGACUGGACUGUACCACUUUCUGUCUGGAAAAAAUAAAGCAUUUUUUCCCUCUAAAAA